CUGAAACCGAGUGACGAGUUAAAUCGUAAAAACAAACAAUAAAUUUUUUAACAAUCCAUUUAUAUAUAUAUAUAUAUACAUAUAUAUACUUAAAACACCACAACAUAUAAAUAAGCAGUGAUUUGUCUUUACGUUGUCUUCUAGCCACAAGAAGAGUUCCUUGUGUGUCUUUAAUCAACCAAUCAAUCCAACCUUGUUACGAUGCCUUCCUACACUCUGUACUAUUUCAACGGUCGUGGCAGAGCCGAGAUCUGUCGAUUUCUUUUCACUAUAGCUGAUAUUCAAUAUAGCGACAAGAGGAUCGAAUAUUCAGAAUGGACCCAAAUGAAAUGCAAAAUGCCUGGUUCUAUGCUACCGGUUCUAGAAUUAGAUCCGAAGACCUUUAUUCCUCAGAGUAUGGCCAUCUCUCGCUAUUUGGCAAGAGAAUUUGGGUUCCAUGGUCAGAACAAUCUAGAAAUGUUGAGAGUUGAUGCCAUCUGUGAUUGUUUUCAAGACAUCUGUAAUGAAUACAUGUUGAUGUACCACGAGAAGGAUCCAGCAAAGAAGGAGGAACUACGCCGCAGAUAUGAACUUAUGUGUGACCGCAUCUUGCCUUAUUUGGAAAAAACUCUUACGAGUAACAACAGUGGCAAUAAAUGGUUUGUAGGAGAUAAGAUCCUUAUGUGUGACCUGAUGUGUUAUUCGGCACUGGAGAACCCAUUGCAUGAUAAAUCCAGCUUACUGAAGGAUUAUCCCAAACUGCAAGCUUUGCGGAAGCGAGUGGCUGAACACCCGAAAAUUGAUCAAUACAUUAAGAGGCGGGAGAAAACCGAGUUUUAAACAGCUACACUUACAAAGACACAUAUUUAUAUGUAUACAUACGCAUGUAUGAACAUACAUACAUACAUACAUACAAACGCACGUGUAUGCAUAUAUGAGUCAAACAAAUAUGGUGAGAAAUAAAGAUAUUUAAAAUGAAGCAAAAUAAUAAUAAAGUGCUAAAAAAGAUUUUUUAAAAUUAUAAUCAGAUUUCUGGCUUGCUUUAUAUAAAACACGUUAACUAACCUUUAAAAAAGACUAUUUUAUUAUUUUAUUUUUUUCAUGCUUUAUUAUACAGAAGGGCACUAAUAGCAGAAUGUUAUGCUUUUCGAAAUAAAGCGAAAUCUCUCCUCUGCUCAGAGUU